AGCCUGCCCCAGCCGCUGCCCUGGAAGGGCCCCAGCUCGGACCGGUUCGUCCUGCUGGGGGCGGGGCUGGGGCGCGCCGGGACCCAGCUGCUGGUGGACACGGUGACGGGGCAGCUGGGCGCCGAGGGCGAACAGAGCUGCGCCGCGCAGAUUUCCCGUGUCAUCCUGGCGGGGAACCUGCUGAGCCAGAACACGCAGAGCCGGGACACCAUCAACAAGGCCAAGUACUUGACCAAGAAGACCCAGGCUGCGAGCGUGGAGGCCGUGAAGAUGCUGGAUGAGAUCCUGCUGCAGCUCUGCACCUCUGUGCCCGUGGACGUGAUGCCCGGUGAGUUCGACCCCACCAACUACACGCUGCCGCAGCAGCCGCUGCACCACUGCAUGCUGCCCCUUGCCAGCGCCUACUGCACGCUCCAGCUGGGGCACAGGUGCACGUUCCCCUCCUCAUUCCUGUCCCCCACAGGCUGUUACCCCUUUUACAAAUCGGACCCCUUCAUCCUCACCGAGUGCCCGCACGUCUACUUCUGCGGCAACGCUCCCCGCUUCCAGUCCAAGCUGCUCCAAG